CAAAUUCAUGUAAAUGAUGAAAAAUAGUUAGUGCUUAUUUAUGACUAACACUCUGUGUGAAUAGACAUUACGUUCGGAAGUGGAGAACUUGCAAAAACAGAUGGCAGAUUUAGAAAAAAUGAACAAAUAUAUGAAUGGUGAGCACUUAGAUUUACUGAAUUUUAAGGAGUUGAAAUGUCUUGAGAUGAAAAUGAAUUCGGGUGUUAGGAAGAUACGUUGGAGAAAGGGCAAAUUCAUACAAGAAUAUAUUAGAUCUCGAAAAAUAGAGGAAAAGUCGCUUGAAUCGGAAAACGCUAAUCUGCAUAAAAAGAUUGGUAGAAGUCACAAGGCAUGCAAAUUUAAUAUUGACAUCACGGAAGAAGUCAACAAUAAAUUGGAAACAGAUGCUGCAAUUCAACAAGAUCUGACUAAAACUAACCUUAUUCUCACGUUAUUUUCAUGAUGUGGUAAGAGUUCUCAGGAAUGGAAAUGGGGACCAAAAAAAGAGUCUAUUGUGGAUCUUUUGGGCUCUAAUUUAUCUGCCCAAAAGAUAUUUGGACAAAGUUAUUUGUAUUAAAUUGAAGAACUUUAGUUUGAAACUAUGUGGAUGGCAAAAUCCAUUGAUAUGCUGCGCCAGUCAUAUAAUGGUUGAAUUAGUAUCAUACUGGCAAAUUCAAACAAUAUAUUUGUGAUUGAGAAGAGUAAAAAUUGGUUCUUUUCUCUCGGGACACUUUUUAUUCUUAGAAAUGUUAAAAAUGUACUGGAAUAAACAGUUUUAUUAUCCAUAAUCCAGUCAUCUGAGUUUGAGCUAAAAUAAUUAUAAUGUUAUUAAUAGCUCUCUGAUUUUGAUUUUUA